AUGGCAAGACUUCAGCCACCCACGACAGAAGACAACUUCACAUCAUCAACAGCACAGAAAAACUCCACGUCCUCGUCGUCCUUUACAAAAACAGGAUGUUCAGGAUCUUGUUUAAGGCAUGAAAAUGAUCACAUCCUGCUCCAACAACAACACAAACAACAUAUCUAUAGCAGUAGAAGAAGGAAACACCAUCAGCACCACCACCUGCCGCCAUUGCUACUACAACAAAAUGUUUAUAAAUCAUUUGUUGUAGCGUUAAUAGCACUGUGUCUCAGCUCUUCUCUACCCGCCUAUGUUUUAUGCCACAAACAGCAGCAACACCACAAUCAUCAUUCCUCCUAUGCUGAUAUUUCGGCAAAUCAAACAACAAGCGUCAAUAAUUUAGAAAGUGUUCUGCGUUUGAAACGUGAUUCCGUAUCCGCCUUAUAUUCCGGUAGCCUACCAUCAUCCUCAUCCGCACGCGGUAUUGGUGCCUCCAAUGCGUACUAUGUUCAAAACAACAAUGUCAAUUCUAAUGAGAUACUCAACUAUGUUGACAAUCGUAAACCGGCUUUUAAAAAUUGUGCCGGUUAUAAACCAUCGGUUAAGGAAGAACAACCUGAGAACACUUUCGUUAUAAUGGUACAGGCUGAAGAUCCUGAUGCGGGUCAGGAAAUCAAAUAUAGUUUAGUACAAUCGGCUGCUGAGAGGCCCAAAUUUCGUAUAAAUCCAACAACGGGUGUUAUUACCACGGAGCACACAUUCGAUCGGGAUGAACCAAUUCAUGAAAAAGCGGUAUAUGUUACGGUCCAGGCCACCGAUAAUGGUCGUCCUCCUUUAGAUGAUAUUUGUACAUUUAAAGUGACCAUUGAGGAUAUCAACGAUAAUCCACCGGUGUUCAAUAAGGCUCGUUAUGAUGAAUCGAUGUCGGAAGACAUACAGCCCAAUGCCGUGGUUAUGCGCAUUUCGGCCAGUGAUUUGGAUGAUGGCAACAACAGUAUUAUCGAAUAUGAAAUUCUGCAAGAACGUGAUUAUAGCUACUUCAAAAUUGACAAAGCUGCAGGUAUUAUAUCGCUAACCCGACCCAUAGAUCGUAAACCAGGCGGUACCUACACCAUAACGGUAAGAGCCUAUAAUAUUGUACCAGAUCCACCGCAAGAUGCACAAAUCGAAGUACGCAUACGUGUCGUCGAAUCGUCCAAGAAACCACCAAAAUUCAUUGAACUAGGCGAUGAUGUGAUUUAUCUGAAGGAGAAUUUUAGUGACUAUUCGGCGCCGAUAGUAACCCUAAAGGCCGUCUCAAAUGUACCCAAUAAACCGGAAGUGAUAUUUGAAUUAAUCACCGGUCGUACCGAGCAAACGAAUAGCAAGAAAACCUUCGUUUUCAAUCAAAUUGAAAAUACUGUGACAAUUAGUUUGGGUAAAUCAUUGGAUUAUGAAGCCGUAACCGAUUACACCCUGACAAUGAGUGCGAGAAAUACAUACGAUUUGGUGGCGGAACAUGUUUUGAAAAUUCGCGUAGAAGAUGUUAAUGAUAAUAUCCCUUAUUUUACGGAAGUGAGCGCCGGUACAAUUUUGGAAAAUGAACCCGCCGGUACACCGGUUAUGCAGGUUCGUGCAUUCGAUAUGGAUGGCACUGAGGCAAAUAACAUAGUGUCCUUUGAAUUGGCUGAUAAUUUCGAUAUCUUCUCCAUUGAUCCACAAACCGGUAAUAUCACCGCCUUGACCACAUUUGAUCGUGAGGAAAGGGAUUUCUACAAUGUCAAAGUAAUUGCCAGUGACAAUUCCCCCUCGUCUUUGAUUAAAAACGGCGAACCAAACAGGGGCCAUCAAGUAUUUCGCAUUGAAAUUGCCGAUAAAAACGAUCACAAACCCCACUUCCAAAUGAGUGAAUAUGUGGCAGAUAAAUUACCCGAAGAUGCCAAUAUCAAUUUCAUUGUCAUUGAAGUCACGGCGGAGGAUGAGGAUAAUGCUUCACAAAUUAAAUAUACCAUAGAGAGUGGUAAUGUGGGCAAUGCCUUUAAAAUUGAGGAGCAGACGGGUAAAAUCACUGUCAACUCGAGAUUGGAUUAUGAAGAUAUCACCGAAUAUAUGCUGCAGAUUCGGGCCUUUGAUGGUAUUUUCGAUGAUUAUGCCACGGUUAUCAUCAAAUUGGAAGAUGUCAACGACAACACCCCCUUGUUUAAGGAUAAUUACACCAUAACCAUUAGGGAAGAGCAGAUUUUCGAUAACUGCAUUUUAAAUAUUGAAGCCUAUGAUCCGGAUAUCAAGGAUCGUAAUGCCGAUCAACAUAUUAAAUAUUUUGUGGUCAAAGAUGAACACAAGAAAAUGUUGAGUAUCGAUGAUAAUGGUUGUUUGAAGUUGAUACAACCCUUGGAUCGUGAUUUACCACAUGGUCAUAAGUCAUGGCAGGUUUUGAUCUCCGCCGUAGAUGAAGAUGGUACUGGCCUUAAGUCCGUGACACCUGUUACCAUUAAUCUGCAGGAUAUUAAUGACAAUGCACCAUUUUUAAUCAACAAAAUGCCCGUAAUAUGGCAAGAAAAUCGCAAUCCUGGCCAGGUGGUACAGCUGCAGGCCAACGACUACGAUGAACCACAAAAUGGCCCACCCUACACUUUUGGCAUUGAUUCAGAGGCCUCGGAAGAUAUUAAAAAUAAGUUUAGUAUUGACAAUGAUUAUCUCUUUGCCAAUGUGCAGUUUGAUCGUGAACAGCAAAAGGAGUACUUCAUACCCAUACGGAUAAGUGAUUCGGGUCAGCCGAAAAUGAGUCAAGUCAGUAUUUUGCAUUUGAUAAUUGGUGAUGUCAACGAUAAUGCCAUGUCAGAGGGUUCAUCGCGCAUCACUUUCUACAAUUAUAAGGGAGAAGCUCCUGAUACGGAGAUUGGUCGGGUAUUUGUUGAUGAUCUAGAUGAUUGGGAUUUGGAUGAUAAACAGUUCCAAUGGGCCCAGGGGAUACCACACGACAAUUUCCGUUUAAAUCCCAGUUCGGGUAUGAUCACCUACCUCGAGGGUACACCCGAAGGUACAUAUGAAUUGCAGUUUGUCGUGACGGAGGAAUCGACAUUUAUACCACGCCACUCCGUGGAUGCUGAUGUAACAGUGGUUGUACGAGAAUUACCCGAAGAGGCUGUGGAUAAAAGUGGUAGCAUACGUUUCUAUAAUAUAACCAAAGAAGAUUUUAUCAGCGUACCACGUGAUGCCCAAGGUGAUAGUGCGUUAUCGCUAAAAGAUCGUCUGCAAUUCUAUUUGGCACGAUUGUUUAAUACCUCUGUGGAUAAUGUGGAUGUUUUUACGGUCUUGCAAAAUACAAAUAACACGUUGGAUGUACGCUACUCGGCCCAUGGUUCGCCAUAUUAUGCUCCCGAGAAAUUAAAUGGUAUUGUGGCCCAACAUCAAAUGCAGCUGGAAAAUGAAUUGGAUUUGCAGAUCCUCAUGGUGAAUAUUGAUGAGUGUCUCAUUGAGAAAUAUAAAUGUGAAAGUUCCUGUACAAAUACCUUGCAUAAAUCUUCGGUUCCAUAUAUGAUCUAUUCGAAUACUACCUCAUUUGUGGGUGUGAAUGCCUUCAUUGAGGCCCAAUGUGUGUGCGAAGCUAAGGGCAGGAAAUAUUGUUUGAAUGGUGGCACCCCCAAAAUUGGUGAAGAUGAUGCCUGUGAUUGUAUUGAUGGUUUUACGGGGCCCCACUGUGAAUUGGUCUCGGUGGGUUUUUAUGGUAAUGGUUAUGCCUUUUAUGAACCCAUUUCGGCCUGUGAUAAUACCCACAUAAGCUUGGAAGUUGCACCACAAACCGAUCAUGGUCUGAUUAUGUAUUUGGGACCAAUUAAUUAUAACCCCCUACUGCCACUGUCGGACUUUUUGGCCUUGGAAUUGGUCAAGGGUUAUCCGGUUUUGACAGUGGACUACGGUUCCGGCACCAUACGCAUCGAUCAUCGCCACAUACAACUACAGGCUGGCAAAUCAUAUCAACUGGACAUUGUGCUGCAAAAGUCGAGCAUUGAAAUGACUGUGGACAAUUGCCGUUUAUCGACCUGUAUGAGUUUGGGGGCUCCACAGGGGCCAAAUGAAUUUUUGAAUGUCAAUUCUCCACUGCAAUUGGGUGGUACUCCCGUGGAUUUGGUCAAUUUGGGUCAUCAGCUGAAUUGGACUUAUGUUCCUGGGCAGCAGGGCUUCUUUGGUUGCAUUAAAAAUCUCACCAUCAAUGAUCAUACCUAUAAUUUGGGUACCCCUGCAGUGUUCCGCAAUGUCGACUCCGGAUGUCAACGGGCUGUGGCCGUCGCAGUUAGUUUGGGUAUUAAUCGGAAUUUCCUAAUCGCCAUUAUAUCGUGUAUUGUGCUGCUGCUAAUUAUCCUCCUCGCUGUGGUGGUUCAGAAGAAACAAAAGAAUGGCUGGCAUGAAAAGGACAUCGAUGAUAUUCGUGAAACCAUCAUCAAUUAUGAAGAUGAAGGUGGCGGCGAACGUGAUACCGAUUACGAUUUGAAUGUGUUGCGCACCACCCAACCUUAUUAUGGCGAAACGCUGUACAAGGAUCCACAUAGUUUACAUGCCAUGCCCACACAGCCUCAAGAGAUACCGGAUAUUGGUGGUUUCCUGGGCGAUAAAAAAGAAAAUUGUGAUCGGGAAAUUCUCUCCUUCCCUGUGGACGAUGUACGACACUAUGCCUAUGAGGGUGAUGGUAAUUCGGACGGGUCGCUAUCCAGUUUGGCCUCUUGUACAGAUGAUGGUGAUCUCAAUUUUGAUUAUCUGUCCAAUUUUGGUCCACGUUUCCGUAAAUUGGCGGAUAUGUAUGGUGAAGAGCCUUCGGAUACCGAUUCAAAUGUUGAUGAUGAUCAGGGUUGGCGGAUUUAA